AUGGGAUCUCAGCGAGUCCCCUCUGCACGGCCCUUCUUCCCUCAAGAUCGCAGUGGAGUGACAGCUGCUAAGUCCGAUCCAACACGGUCAAGUGCGGAACGGGAAACACUUGUUGGCAUCGGCGUCCGCGGUGAAGCGAAGCCCGCAACGGCGCUAAAGCGGUUCAUGCGCGCUUCUGCUCCUCCACCUCCACGCACCUUCGAGGCGCUCGGUGGGGAUGUGGAGGGAAAGCGUAAGAUAUCGCCGAUGCAGAUUAUCACUGACCGAAUCGGCAGAUGGGCAGGGCUUGGCAUGGAAAUGUACGCCCAGAGGAUGGCGAUUCUGUCGGCGUCAUCGAGCGGCGAACGGCCCUUACUGACGCCCUUGUUCGCUACCAUUACCGUGACCACCAUCAAGAAUCCAGUGUAUACCUCGGUGCUCUGCCCCGCUCGCUCGUGCUGUCGUCCAUCCCGUGUCGAUCGCCUGGGCAGGAACAUGCCUAGUAACGCCAGCCAGCCGCAGCCUCAACCCGACUACAUCUUCCGCCCCGAAGAUCCCGAGCACGCAGACCAGGCUCGCGCAGACAGCGAGGUGCCAUCCAACCCCAACAUCGCCGCUUCCGGCCUCUCCCGUCGCUACCGCCAGCUCUCCUCCACCAUGGAUGCCAACGAAACAAAGUCGCUCACCCGGAUGCAGAUCCUCACGCCCCUCUCGGUGCUCCUCCAGAUGGGCGUCAUGAUCCUCUGCGGCUCCAAGCUCAUCAAGCCCAACUUGCAGCAGGUCUCGCGCCGUCAUCCCACCUACCUCUCCGUGCAGGACUCGUUCGUGCUCUUCUACUGGGCCAUCCUCUACGUCCUCCUCAUCGGAUUCUCCGUCUUCCUCCUCCUCAGUCGAACGCCAGAGACCAAGAAGGCGCUCGUCCACGGCGUCGGCACGCGUCUCGCCCUCUCCAACUACCUCAUGGUCCUCUGGGCUGUCUUUUGGAUCCUCGACCGCCCCCUCACAUUCAUUCUUGGCACGGCCACCCUCGGCGUCAUUGCACUCUUGCUCCUCUUCAACGCGCUCGUCCUCGCCGUCCGCUACCCACCCUCGGCCAAGCAUCCGCUCGACUGGCUCUUCAUCCACGUGCCCAUCAAGAUGUUCCUCGUGAUCACGCUCCAGUACGACCUCUGGCAGCAGCUCUUCAUGGCGCUCGGCUACGACUUUGGCUCCGGUGGCCACGACGCGCUCGUCCAGGGCCUCUGGCCUGCCUUUGGCAUCGUAGCUGGCCUCGGCGUCUUCUCCGCUCUUUGGAUCUUUGCCACAGCCGACCUCACCUGGACUGCCGCCGGCAUCUACCUCAACAUUGGCCUGCUGUGGCACAAGCACUUUAGCCUCAUCGGCGGCCGCGAUGACGGAGAGCCACGUCCGGCCCCUCUCACCGCCGCCAUCAUUCUCAGCAUUUCGCUUCAGGCUGUUGCGCUCGUGGCAGGCGUUGCAUGGAGGCGCAUCAAGGCGCGACAGGAGGGUCGCAUCGCUCUGCCGCUCUCGCCCGAGGAGGAAGCUGCCGUGUACCGCGCAGACGCGGAGCGAAAUGCACGCGCCGCCGCUGCAGCCGCCCCGUCCUCCUCGCAGCCUCAGCCGAAUGCUUCCGCACGAGUCCCGGGAGCGUCCAAGCCUGCUGGAAGCAGAGUCAGCGACAUUGCAGAGGAGGAGGCUGCAGCCGAAUCCAGCGGACCCGCGCCCACCAAGGUCACCAGAAAGCUCGGCGGCACUCCCACCUCGCCUGCCAAGAAGUGA